UGACGGAGGAAAUCAGCAGCAACACAAUGCAAUCCUCUUUAUUUUCCGUGGCACACCCUCCAGGGAUACCUACUGUUGUUUCAUUAAUUUGGAAAUCAGGAAUUCCGCAUUCGUCCAACUGGACCGUGUCGGAGAAAGGAAACGGGACGACUCUCGGUGACUUGGGCACAUUUGAGAACCGGCGCGCACAGUAUGGCCAGUUUUCUACGUCCACCUCUAUAUUCCUGACUGUGCUCAUGACGCUGCUGGUGUUCGCCACUGUUCUCGGGAACGCGCUUGUAAUUUUAGCUUUUGUGGUUGAGAAAAGUUUACGCACUCAAGGCAACUUUUUCUUUUUAAAUUUGGCCAUAGCGGACUUUCUUGUCGGAGGGUUUUGCAUCCCCGUGUAUAUCCCCUAUGUGCUGACGGGUGAGUGGAGACUUGGGAGAGGUCUGUGUAAACUGUGGUUGGUGGUGGAUUAUAUGCUGUGCACCGCCUCAGUGUUCAACAUCGUGCUCAUCAGUUUCGACAGGUUUCAGUCAGUCACUAAAGCGGUGAGUUACCGUUGCCAAAAAGGGAUCACUAGAGAGGCUGUUUUAAAGAUGCUCUACGUGUGGCUGGCAGCUUUUCUUCUUUAUGGUCCAGCUAUUAUCAGUUGGGAGCACAUCGCUGGAGGAAGUGUAGUGCCAGAUGGAGAGUGCUAUGCCGAGUUCUACUUCAACUGGUAUUUUCUUAUGACCGCCUCUGCUGUUGAGUUCUUCACACCUUUUAUUAGUGUCACAUAUUUCAAUCUCAGCAUUUACAUCAAUAUACGCAACAGAUGUGCCGUAAGAGAAGAACAGCCUCCUUAUAUUCGUCUCCGGAGUCUCAAGAUGAGGGCGCUUGGAACUGGUGAUGUGCAGCGUGUGUUUUUUGUAAGGCCAGUCGAGGAACGUGGGGUCGGAGAGUUACCCUCAAGUUCUCGAAUCUGCCGGUUGGCUUCGACAACAAAGGUGUCUGCUGCUGAGUUUGGCAACGGUAGACAGGCUAAACGAAGAGACAGCAUGAUUGCAGACCUGCCUCCUUUACAUGUUGGAGAUAGGCUCUUGACAUCUACCGAGGCGCAGUUUCAUUAUGUGGAUCACUCGUCUGGAUCACAUAGACACCGUCCAGAUAUGGUUGCAAAUCUGGCUAGCCGCUUUCGCCUAUCUAGAGAUAAAAAAGUUGCAAAGUCUCUAGCUGUGAUAGUUUGUGUAUUUGGACUCUGUUGGGCACCUUAUACUCUAUUGAUGAUCAUUCGGGCAGCAUGUCAUGGUCAGUGUGUCCAGCACUACCUUUAUGAGAUGUCAUUUUGGCUGCUGUGGAUAAAUUCCUCCAUCAAUCCAGUCUUGUAUCCUCUGUGCCACAGCAGCUUCAAAAGAGCCUUCAGCAAAUUACUGUGUCCAAGCAAGACAAAAAUACAGCCUCAGAACAUUGACCAGAAGUACUAAACUUCUAAUCUAAAUAUGGAUUAAAACAAUUUCAAACGGGGAUAGUUUUUUAUGUGCUUGUACAGGAACUCAGUAAAUGUUUGAGCAAAUCAGUAUUUUACAGUAGCACUAAACUGUUUGCUUUGCUUACACUGUAGUGCUUAGAGAUUUGUAUGUACUUAAUCAAGCUCUCACAUUUUUGUAUGAAGCAGUGGUAUUUCUUCCAAAUUAGAUUUAAUGAGUUUGCCUGCCCUUUUAAUCUUUGAGUUAUAAAGGGUAAACAUAUUUGGCUUGAUAUCAGCAAAGGAGGGGCUCGAGGAUGAGGCUCAACUCAAGCUCUAAUUCACACUCCUAAGGGAUAAGGGCAGGAACUCUUAAAGGAUCUACUUGAAGGGAUGCCUGAAAGACUGUCACUAGAGUUAGGUAAGCAACGGCUCAAACUGUAUAUCCUGUCAGUUGAUUGGCAGAUUACAUGAACAAGCUCCUCCUGAACCUUUGUUUUAUAACUCCAUUUUGUGCAAGCCACAAGUACCAUUAUUGAUGUUUCAUGCAUUAUGUACAAAUACCUGGAAGUGUCUUUAAAUGCAUUGCCAUGUUUGCCUUGGUAAGUAAUAUUUUUUAUUCAAAUGAUGUCAAAAACUGUAUUAGUGAUUUUAUUUUGGACUGUUAUACCUCUAAAUACCAGUCUGCAAUGAGAACAGUUGAUAUGAAAUCACAGACCAUGCUGUUCACUGAAGUAAUUGUAUAUUGAUUCUAAAUAUCAGAUGUACAGCAUUUCCAGGCAAAGGCUGUAGUUCUCCUAGCAACUGCGAAAACGAGGGAGAAACAUGACUCAUAUCAUAUCAAGGUAACCAAUGUAUACUGGAUUAUUUCAGGUCCUAUAACAAAUUAACUUAAAAUCAUAUACUUUCUUCAGUACAGCGAACUUCUCUAUUGAAAUGGACAGACAAAUAAAAAUUAGUCAUAAAACCCAAUGGACACUUACUCUUUAACCCUAUAAUGAUGACAUUUUUCUGAUUCUCUGUAUCAUAUUUGAUACAUCAGGCUUUAAAAGUCA